CUGAGUUGAUAAGUUGGCGUUUCACUGAGUAAUUGUCAAAGAUACCACAUAAUUUAAGGGUUUUAAUCAAUCAAAAUGAAAAUUCUAUAUUCCUACCACCUGAAAUUACAAUAAUUAAUUUAUAAUUGUCCUCGACCUAUAAAAACCAAAAAAGGAAAUUUUAUACCAAAACAGAAAGAGAAAAAGGGAAGUGAUCGAUGCCGACGCGCUUAUAUUAGUUAUGUAUAUUCUCUAAAAAAAAAUAGUUAUCUCUUUCUUCUCUGUGUUCAGAACAUGAUUCGUCCCCAUGUGGAGCUGAGCGACUUCAAACAUGAGAGACGUUCAAGAAGCUACCCAAACUCAAUCAUCAUCGUCGUCGACACAAUAUCUGAUGAGAUUCAAGUUUCUCCAAGCGUUCGCGUAGAUAUAAGUCUCCCUAGUUACUUAGGUCGUCACCACAUCCGAAGGCUCAUCCAAGAUCAACUCAUCAACCGCCGUUGGUUAUCACCGAAGAUCUGAAGGACUGCAACCAAGUUAGGGUUUAGCCGCAGAGAGGUUCUCCAAAAUCAGUUCGCUAGCCACCGUUGGUUGUCUGAUAAAUUAGCCCCAGAGAUCUCAGAGAUUGCAGCAACGUUAGGUUUUGGUUGUAACGGUUUAGGUGUGACCAUCACUGUCAAGAUAACCCCUUCUCCAUCGAAGGAAGAGGUGUUAACGAGGAUGGUUCAACUAGGGAAGAUGAGCAAAGAGGAGUUGAAGACUUCUAAGAUGGAAACAGAACCGUGUUCUAUUUGUCUGGAUAGUUUUGUCUCCGGUAAACACGGUGUCUCUACACGCAUGACCUGUUCUCAUGUCUUCCAUGAAAAAUGCCUCUUGGUGUGGUUUCAACGCAGAAACACUUGCCCCUUGUGUCGGACUGUGCUGUACGAUCGAUUGAUGAUUGGGAACAAAGGGAGUAGAAAUUAGGGUUUCAUCUAUUGAUUCAAAACUUGGGUCACACGGUUUAUAUAUUGUUAUAUGUUAUAAUUUCCCUAACUGAUUUGUAAAUUUUGUGUGUUUGAAUCAGUUCAAGAUGUUUAAAUUUUGAAUAACAUUAUUACUUCUUAUUACAUAAAUCUACAGUCAUUCACAAUUCAAUGGUUUUAUGCUAACAAACAGCUCUUAAAGUCUUAAUACAAAAUAGUCUUAAUCAACGCUCAAAGGAACUCGCCUUUCUCUUUCUCUAACUGGUCUCGAGACUCUACUUUAACGUGAAUUGCAUAGAUUACCCACGGCCCACGAUAUAGUAUAAGUUACACUUUAAAUCAGAUAACUGUUAAUUAUUUGUUUGUAUUAUCAGAAUUCACCACCUCCAGCAAGGCAGCAACUAUAAAAUAACAUACAAAUUACAAUGUGUAAUUCUUUAUACAAACUCAUUUGUUUUCGUCAAAACUAAUAACUAUGACUUAAAGCU